UUUGGUGCGACAAAAAUGUGUCCGGUCUAGUGGUAUCUGUCGGUUGCUGUAGUUAGAGCCAUGAGCAUGCGCAAUUUAGUUUCUUUUCAAAGAGCAAUGGCGUUGUCCUUUGCAGUUUACGGGUUACAUGCGAGGGGAAGGGGUAUCCUGGUGAACUGUUUUCAGAACAUCGAUACAUUUCUUUGUAGGUGUAUUGGUACAAACGCAGUUGUUGCGCGAAAUGAGGCAACUCGAAAGGACGAGACUGAUGAAAAGGAUGAACGCAAGCCUUUACAUGCUGUCCGGGUAGAGAGACAAGAACAAGCAGAGAGAUCGGUUCUCAUAAGCUGCCACUCCGGAACCAAUGAGAAAAAAUUUCUCAAGUAUUUAUCAAGGCAUGGAGUUAUAAAAAAGUACUUCUUUUAUGAAAGCUAUGGUGUUUAUGCUGUGGUGGAGUUUGCCAACCGGGAAAGUGUUGCCUCAUUAUUUGAAGAGGCCACCAUCCCAAGCGUCAGCAAUGAUUCCAUAGUGCCUUUUAAAUCGAGACUGCUGUCACUGAGGAAUCUCAGUUCAGUGGACUCACUAAACAAGCAGUCAGACUACCAGUGCCAACCACAAACCACUAUUCCUAUCAAUGAACUCAUACAGAAACUGUCCAGAGAGGAGAGUAUAGACCACCAGAUGACUUCCCUGACAGAAGCCUAUCAGCUAACAGAGGAAAACAGCAGGCUGCGUUUUCUGGUCUGCUCUCUGCUUAAGGACAUUGCAGUUGCUUAUUUCCCAGAAUGUACCAUCAAGCCAUUUGGCUCAUCGGUAAAUGGCUUUGGAAAGCUGGGCUGUGACCUGGACAUGUUUCUAGACUUGGAUGGCAUCCAUGGAUGGAAUGUAAAGAUGCCAAAAUCAGGUCUGUCCCUGGAGUUCCAGAUGAAAAGGGCCAACUCGGAGCGGGGUGUCACCCAGAGCAUCCUGUCCGUUGUUGGGGAGUGUGUGGACCAGUUUGAACCUGGGUGCGUUGGAGUGCAGAAGAUUCUCAACGCUCGAUGCCCCCUAGUCCGUUUUUCCCACCAGCCCUCUGGCUUUCAGUGUGACCUCACAGCCAACAACAGGGUGGCAAUGAAGAGUACAGAGCUGCUCUACUUGUACGGAGAGCUGGACCCACGGGUGCGAAGCCUCGUGUUUACUGUGCGCUGCUGGGCCCGAGCACACAGCAUUACCAGUAGCAUCCCCGGGGCCUGGAUCACUAACUUUUCCCUCACCAUAAUGGUGCUGUUCUUCCUGCAGACGAGGAGACCCCCCAUCAUCCCCACACUGGACCACCUUAGAGAACUCGCAGGUCCCGCGGAUAAGAGUGUGAUUGAGGGGAAUGACUGCACCUUUGUCAGCGACUUCAGCAAGAUCCAGCUCCAGACCAACACAGAAACACUAGAGCGGCUGCUGUGUGAAUUUUUUGAUUUCUAUGCCACCUUUGCAUUCAGCAAGAUGUCCAUAAAUAUCAGAAAGGGCAAAGCUCAGAACAAACCAGAGGUGGCCCCGCUCCAUAUCCAGAACCCCUUUGAAACCUCUCUGAAUGUCAGUAAGAACGUCAACACCACCCAGCUGCAACGCUUUGUGGCAUUGUGUCAGGAGAGCUCCUGGCUGCUCCACCAGAGUGAAAGCAACAUGCCCAGAGAUGGAGAGACUGCUACACCUUGGGGACUGGCUACUCUCCUCCUUCCCUCACAGGUUACAGGCAUCAAAAGUUGCAAAAAACGGAGACAAGAGCCAGCCAGUGAGAGGAUCAGGAGCUUGUUAGAAUCACUGAAAGGGUACAAAUCUUCAAAAUAAGAACUAAGGCACUUUGGAACUCUUAGAAACAAGCUCCAUUUUGAUCUUAUUACUUUGUCUCAUGCACUAGUGUUCCUGUCUUGCCUCACCAGGGAGGGUGAGGAAAUCAGGAGCACCUUCUGCAGUGGUUACAUCUACUGGACUGUAGUUCCCAACAUGAACAAUGGAGGGUGUUGCUGAGGCAUGAAUGUUUUGUCUUGCAUAAGGGAGUGAUAACUAUAUACUUUGCUCUAGAUCCACCUACUCUGUUGUAAAUAAAGGGAAUAUUGUGGAAACAAUGCAGGUCCUGCCAGAUGAUCAUGUAUGGCUGCAGACUGGAGAUUCACAGGUUUAUUAAUUCACAAUGUCUUGUACAUGGAUAUUAUAAUACAGAUUAUCAACAUUGUUUACGCUUCAGACAAAACCAGUAUACAAAUAUUCUGUUUUGUUAAUAUCACAAUAUGGAUUAAAUAAUUAAGAUUUAUUGUGAACUAAAAACAUGGGUUGGUUGUUAUGUGGCCCAAAACUGACAAAAGGCA